AUGCCAAGAAUGUGGUUUGCGCAUUUUGAGUUGAUAAUGGCACCACAGAAACAGGGAGACAACGUUAAGUUUGAGAUGGCAGUUGCAAAAUUGAAUAAAGAGGCGCUCAGGCAAGUGAGCGACCUGAUCCAAUCACCACCGGCUACAGAGAAGUAUAACGCUUUAAAAAGAAGACUUAUAGCCGUAUACGAGGAGAGUGCAGAAACGCAAUUCCAGAAACUAGUGAGCGAAAUGGAUUUAGGCACGCAGAAACCCUCACAGUUGCUUAGAAGAAUGACGGAACUAGCAAAAAACGUUGGCAUAUCAGUAGAACCAUUAAAAAAAUUAUGGAUAAACCGUUUGCCACCGAAUGUAAGAGCAGUUCUAGCAGUGAGUGGAGACACAAGGUUGGAAGAUUUAGCAGCCAUAGCGGACAAGAUUUUGGAGAACCUGAGGUCCGGAGAAAUUGCAUCAGUGAGCAGUGCACAAGCAGAGGUACAUCCAGACAUUAUUAGGCACAUGCGAGACCUAACAGCAGAAAUAAACAAAUUGAAGUUAGAAAUAAACUCCAUAAGAACAAGAGGACGCAGCCCGAAUCGAAGACAAGAAGGACAGAGAUGGCAACGUAGUAAUUCUCACAGAAGACAAAAUGCAUCAUUGUCCCGGCGUACACCAGAGAGCCCAGAUUGGCUAUGUCGCGAGCAUUACCGGUUCAGAGAGCGAGCGAGGACCUGCACAUCACCGUUUGGUUGUCCAGUUGAGUACCUACAUAAGGACGAACUGUUACAUGAGCUGUCUAUAAGGCACUUACCUGCGGAAACAACCUCAUCAACGGACGAUCUGAGGAAACUCCUGCGUCACACCAGCAAAUUGACCCGACGAGGUAGUGUGAAGGCGAUGGACAAUUUCACCAUCGACCAGUCGUCUGAGGUAGCCAUAUGUACUCCCAAGGUUGCUGAGAUUGAGGCAAGCAUUGGUUGUCCAGUUGAGUACCUACAUAAGGACGAACUGUUACAUGAGCUGUCUAUAAGGCACUUACCUGCGGAAACAACCUCAUCAACGGACGAUCUGAGGAAACUCCUGCGUCACACCAGCAAAUUGACCCGACGAGGUAGUGUGAAGGCGAUGGACAAUUUCACCAUCGACCAGUCGUCUGAGGUAGCCAUAUGUACUCCCAAGGUUGCUGAGGUUGAGGCAAGCAGUAAGGAUUUAACAUCCAGUGAGCGCAUGGUUAAGCGCAAAAUUGAAAAGCUGUUCAAAGAAUGGCAGAAUCUAAAAAAAAAUAAAGAAAACAAGAAAAAACGUUCAGAAGCAUUGAAAAGAAAAGAACAAAACUGGCAACAAAAGUUAGAAGAUUUAUUUGACAUCGCUCAUCGUGAUGCUUUAAAUAUUAUGACUUUAGAAGAAGAUAAACAGUUUUUGUUAGCAGUGCGGCAAAAUCGACGCCAAUUUUUGAUUGGUUCAGUCGACAGAAAAAGUUUAAACAAAUGUAAGAAAAUAAAAGAGAAAAAAGAACGGCUUGAUAAAUUGCGCGAGCGUGAAAACAAAGAUAUCUCGUCUAUAACAGAAAAAUGCUCAUUGUCUUCAUUAUCAUUUAUUUCGUCAUCGUCUGCCACAACAAGUGGGGAAGUAACUCCAUCUGACCCCGAAUUUAUAUCAAAAUUGACGAAGAUGCAACCACCUCAAAAACGAGCUCGAAAAGAUAUUAUUAACAGUCAAUUAGCUUCCAGUCUUGAUGUUUCUAAAUUGAGUGACAGAAAAGCAACUAUGGUCGUGACAUCUACUUUGAAAAGCGCAGGCUGUGAUCCAUCAGAAUUUAAUGUCAAUAGAUCUUCUAUUCGUCGGCAGCGUGUCAAAAAUCGCAAAGCUGUUGCAGAGUCGCUCAAAAGCGAGUUUAAACCUAGUUCGUCUUUAACAAUUCAUUGGGACGGUAAACUUAUAGAAGAUAUUACUGGACACAAAACUGUAGAUCGGCUGCCAAUUUUGGUAUCAGGACAUGGAGUCGAUCAAUUACUCGCCGUCCCAAAAUUAGAACGUGGAACAAGCGAAGCUUGUGCGUCGGCUGUCUACGACGCUAUAAAUUCAUGGAAUUUGAGCGAUAAAGUAAAAUGUUUGUGUUUUGACACUACUGCUGUAAAUACCGGCUUAAGAAGUGGAGUAUGCGUUCUCUUGGAGCGCAAAAUGGAUAAAAAUAUGCUUUGGUUUGCUUGUCGUCACCACAUAAUGGAAAUUAUGUUGUCAGGUGUAGUGGAUCAAUCGCUUGCCCCAUCUAGUGGUCCUGAUAUACAAUUAUUCAAAAGAUUUAAGAACAGUUGGGACUCUAUUGACCAAAGCGACUUCAAAACAAUAACAGAUGACGCUGAGGCAAAUAUUCUUGCAGAAGUGGCCGCAGACAGGAUUUCUUUUGCCAAAAAGCAACUUCAAGUACAUCAACCUCGAGAUGACUACAAAGAAAUGUUAAAUCUUACAAUCAUAUUCUUAGGAGGUGUUCCUGAAAAAGGCUAUGAAACUAGUUCUUACGAGAAGGAUGGAAAGAUGAAGACGGUACGAAAAUCUGUCAAAAAAGAGAUCAAGAUCCCAAUACGAAAACUAGUGCAACAGUUAGAAGAGACGAUGCCUCUCGUUUGUAAACAUGUUGCCACAAUAACGCAUCAGUAUCAGAUGAUUGCAAAACUUAAAAGGAAAUUGACCCAGAAUGAAGUUCUUAUUCACAUAGACUUCAGUGAAAAUUAUUGCUGCAAAUACUACGAAGAGAUACAGGCAGUACAUUUUGGAGGAGCAAGACAACAAGUCACACUUCACACAGGAGUAUUAUGGGUGCACCAGAUGGUGUAG